AUGGAUGUCGACCAGCUUAUUGAAGCCCUGAGCUUGGAAGAAAAGGUAGCUCUGCUGGCCGGCGCAGAUGUAUGGUCAACUGCGACAAUUGACCGCCUGGCCAUUCCUAGCGUCACUUUCUCCGAUGGGCCUCAUGGUGUUAGAGGAACGAAGUUCUUUAAUGGGAAACCAGCAUGCUUACUUCCCUCUGCUACCGCCAUGGGCGCCACUUUUGACUCCGAACUUCUUGAGUCCGUGGGAAGACUGCUCGGCUCGGAAGCAAGAUCUAGAAACAUUCAGGGUCUACUGGCACCAACUGUCUGUAUUCAACGCUCGCCCCUGAUCGGCAGAGGCUUUGAGGCUUUCGCAGAGGAUCCCUUGCUUAGCGGGCUUCUGGCUUCUGCGUAUAUCAAUGGUGUACAGAAGCAAGGGGUUGGCUGCAUUCUGAAGCACUAUGCUGCCCAUGAUCAAUCUUCGAUGUCUAUCGAAGACUCUAUUCGAGUAUCCGAUAGGACUCUGCGCGAAGUACAUCUCCUGCCCUUUCAGAUUGCCGUUAAAAAGUCCAACCCUUGGGGGAUCAUGGCUGCAUACCAGAAGGUGAAUGGAUUUCAUGCAAGCGAGCAUGAUUGCCUGCUUCAACAGGUUUUGAGAAAAGAAUGGGGAUGGAAUGGUUUGACUAUGAGUGAUUGGUUCGGCACUUAUAGUACAUCAGAAGCCGUUAAUGCUGGGCUCGAUCUCGAGAUGCCUGGUCCGACCAAGUGGAGGGGCGACAGACUUAGUUGGGCUGUGCUGAGCCGCAAAGUGUCUACAAGCACACUUGAUGAGCGAGUAAAGAACGUUCUCGAGUAUGUCAAGCGGGCGGUAAACACUGAUAUUCCAAGAGAUGCAUCUGUGACGGAUGAGAUUGCUACUAGUAUGCCCGUUGCGCGGAAGGUCAGUGCUGACAGUAUUGUCUUGUUAAAGAACGAAGAGCAAAUCCUGCCCUUGACAAACACGAAGGGAAAACGCUUUGGCUUGAUUGGGUCAGGCUUCCACUACCCAGCAAUUGCAGGCGGUGGAAGUGCAGAUUUGACACCCUACUACGUAAGCACUCCUUACGAUGCUAUGGUAGAAGAAGUAGGAGAGGAGAAUAUUACUUAUGAAGUCGGAUGCUACACUCAUCGCUUCAGUCCGCUAUUGUCCCAAGAUCUGUAUCUGCCUGAUUCUCAUGAAACUGGCCUUUUGUGUGAAUGGUUCUCCGAAGAUCCUACGAUCCAAAGUUGUUCGGUCCUUACAUCGGUUACGACUAAACAAUCUGGAAUGUUUUUCUCAGACAACUUUCCUAAGGACUUUCCGUCGCUCUGGUGGUUGAAGAUUAGAACAACUUACAAGGCGAAGAAAUCAAUGACCUUUAGAUUUGGUCUCUGCGUAGGCGGCUUAGCAAAAAUGUCUGUCAAUGGAACGCAGGUGAUAGAUCUCUGGACCUCUCAACCUGAGAAGACUGAUGAUACUCCAUUCUUCAACUCGAUGAGUAUGGAAAAGUUCGCCGAUAUCGAUGUCGAGGAGGGUCAACAAUACAAUAUUGAGAUUCUGAUGAAGAAUGAGGCUUAUGGCGUUAGCGUUGGCGCAACACCAGCAGGAGGCAUACGGCUCGGUGGCUGCGAGGUCUUUGACGAAGCCGAAGCCAUGAAUAGAGCCAUCAACGUCGCAAAGACUGUUGAUAUACCUAUUGUUAUCGCGGGGACUGGAUCAGAUUGGGAAUAUGAGGCUGCGGAUCGACCCUCCCUGGACUUACCUGGUCGAGCCAAUGACUUGGUGCAGGCGGUACUGUCAGCGAAUCCUAACACGAUUGUGAUCACCCAAUCCGGUCUGCCGAUCACCAUGCCAUGGAUAAAUGAAGCACGUACACUUGUGCACGCCUGGUUUGGUGGACAAGAGACUGGCCAUGCGAUGACUGAUGUACUUUUUGGUAGGAUCAAUCCAUCUGGCAGACUUCCGAUUACCUUCCCAGUUCGCAUGGAAGAUAAUCCGGCCUAUCUUACCUUUGGAAAAUCCGACUGUGAGCUCUAUUACGGCGAAGGUGUGUUCGUUGGCUACCGCUACUACGAAAAGCUCGAUAGACCGCCACUGUUCUAUUUUGGAUUCGGUCUCUCUUACACGGAAUUCGAGUACACAAACUUGAACGUACCGCUCGAAUACGAACCGAACCCUGACUUCGUCAUGACCGUCUCUGUUGAUGUUCAAAACGUUGGGCUGUCGGAUGGAGCCGAAGUCGUGCAGAUAUAUGUUUCUGAUGAAAAAAGCUCGGUAAUCCGGCCCAAAAAAGAACUGAAAGCCUAUCGGAAAGUUUCUUUGCCAGCGGGGCGAAAACUGUCAGUCGAAUUGCACAUCGAUAAGUAUGCAGUGUCAUUUUGGUGUGAGCGAACUUCAGAGUGGAUAGCUGAGGCCGGGCGCUUUGAUGUUAUCAUAGGACGCAGCGCGGAUCCCCGAGACGAAAUUCAUCGUUCGAGUUUCGAUCUAUCCAAAACCUUCAGGUGGUCGGGAAUUUGA